AUGCAGAGCACCCACUCCCCGGACACACCGAUGGACCGCGUCAGCGAGGGCGGCGCGUCCUUCAGCGAUGACGCGGUGAUGGUGAACAAGGUGGGCGAGGCGCAGGUGAAAGACAUGGUGGACCGCCCGAUCACGCCGGGCACGGACAAGCUGGUGGACGCGACGCGGUGUCGGCCGUGCAACCGGCUCACUACUCUGCUGAACAAGGCUGUGCCGCACGGCGGGACGCUGUCGAACGCGUACAGCCUCGGCGCCGUGACGCUGGGCUCCGGUGUGAUUGCGCUGCCGUCCACGUUCCAGGCGACGGGCGUGGUCAUGUCGGUCAUCGUGUUGAUCGCGAUCACGAUGAGCACUGUGUACUCGGUGUACAUCAUGAUGCAGGCGGCGGACAAGACGGGUCGGCGGCUGUACUCGUACGAGGCGCUGGCGCGCGGGCUGCUUGGGCGCGGGUGGGACUACCUUGCUGCGUUCCACUUGUGGAUGUUCUGCUUUGGGUCGUGCGUGUCGUACGUGAUCUCGACAGGCGACCUGCUGUCGCGCGCGACGGACGACCCGUCUGUGAACAGCUUCGUGCGGUCGGCGUGGGGCAACCGCGUGCUUGUGUUCGUUAUCUGGUCGUGCGUGAUGCUGCCGCUGUCGAUCCCGAAGGAGAUCAACUCGCUGCGCUACUUCUCGGUCGUUGGCGUGUCGUGCAUGAUGAACUUUGUGGCUACCAUCGUGAUCCACUCUGCGAUGAACGGGUUCGAGAGCGGGCAGCCGAUCCACCAGCCGCGUAUGUUCAAGACGGGCAACAACGCGAUUGUGGGGCUCUCGAGCAUCCUGUUCGCGUUCCUCGCACAGACGAACGUGUUCGAGGUGGCGCGCGAGACGCCGAACCCGACGCCCGGGCGGAUCGCGAAGGACCUAGCGAUCAGCCAGGUGGUCUGUUGUGCGCUGUACGUGCUCGCGGGCAUGUUCGGGUACCUGGAGUUUGGCGAGCAGAUCACGGACUCGAUUCUGCUGCACUACAACGUGCGCAGCGACGUGCUUGUUGCGAUCGCGUACGUUGGGAUCGGCGUGAAGAUGUGCGUUGGGUUUGCGAUCUGCAUGCAGCCGUCGCGCGACGCGGUGUACUACUGCCUCAGCUGGCACUUCCCGAUGUUCAAGGACAUCCGGACGGUGCCGUUCUGGCUGAACGCUGUGAUCUGCACUGGGCUCUCCGUGUUUGCGCUUGUGCUGGGGCUGUUCAUCCCGAACGUGAACGUCGUGUUUGGGCUUGUGGGCAGCUUCUGCGGCGGGUUCCUGGGGUUCAUCUAUCCAGCUCUGUACAUCAUGUACGCCGGCAACUGGGGCCUGCAGCAGGUGGGCUGGCUUCACUACGUCUCGACGUACUUGCUGCUGAUCGCCGGCGUGGUUGCUGUUGUUUUCGGCACGGUUGCCUCUAUCUACGGCGAGAUCCACUGA